UUGGGGAGGAGGGAGUGGAAGAGGAACUGUUCAACCCCCAGACUUCGUAUCUUCGUGAAUAAGACCAGCAUAUUGGUUUGGAAGUUACCAUGAGAUUAAUGAGAACUUGUUGGAACUGUGACUGAACUGGCAGUGGGCCCAAAUCCUCUUUAAAGAGUGAAAGACACGUCAAUGAAUUAUGAAUGUUCAACAAGAUGACCUCCUCUCAGCAGCAGCAGAUGAUGCGAGGUCCUAGGUGGAACCGGGCCUUGUCCGACCCCUUCUUUGUAUUGCUCCUUGCCUUGCAGCUGCUGGUGGUGGCAGGACUGGUGCGUGCUCAGACGUGUCCAUCGGUUUGCUCCUGUAGCAACCAGUUCAGUAAAGUCAUCUGCACCCGCAGAGGCUUGCGCGAAGUACCUGAUGGCAUCUCUACCAACACACGCUACCUGAAUUUGCAAGAAAAUCUUAUUCAGGUUAUUAAGGUGGACAGCUUCAAGCACCUAAGACAUUUGGAGAUUCUGCAACUGAGCAAAAAUCAUAUACGGAAAAUUGAACUUGGGGCCUUCAAUGGACUGGCCAGUCUCAAUACUUUGGAGCUUUUUGAUAAUCGACUCACCACCAUCCCAAAUGGUGCAUUUGAAUACCUUUCCAAACUAAAAGAACUUUGGCUUAGGAAUAACCCAGUAGAGAGCAUUCCAUCUUAUGCUUUCAACAGAGUUCCCUCAUUACGAAGAUUGGACCUUGGGGAGCUCAAACGACUCUCCUACAUUUCAGAAGGAGCCUUUGAAGGACUCAGCAAUCUACGAUACUUAAAUUUGGGAAUGUGCAAUCUAAAGGAAAUUCCCAAUCUGACUCCUCUGGUAAAGCUUGAUGAACUUGAGAUGUCUGGAAACCAGUUGUCUACUAUUCGACCUGGUUCAUUUAAAGGGCUUAUCCACUUACAAAAAUUAUGGAUGAUGCAUGCUCAAAUCCAGACCAUUGAACGGAACUCAUUUGAUGACCUGCAAUCCCUUGUGGAGCUCAAUUUAGCCCACAACAACCUUACCCUUUUGCCCCAUGAUCUUUUCACUCCUUUACAUCACCUGGAGAGGGUGCACUUGCAUCACAAUCCAUGGAAUUGCAACUGUGACAUCCUCUGGCUCAGCUGGUGGCUAAAGGAGAUGGUACCAGCAAACACCAGCUGCUGUGCCCGCUGCAGCUCACCUUCACACUAUAAAGGACGGUACAUUGGUGAGCUAGACCAGAAUUACUUUCAUUGUUAUGCUCCUGUUAUUGUGGAGCCUCCUGCUGACCUAAAUGUGACAGAGGGAAGUGCUGCAGAGUUGAAAUGCAGAGCCAGCUCCUUGACCUCAGUAAGCUGGAUUACACCUAAUGGUUCCAUCAUGACACAUGGUGCAUACAAGGUCAGAAUCUCUGUGCUAAAUGAUGGUACAUUGAACUUCACCAAUGUUACCAUGCAGGACAUGGGCACAUAUACAUGCAUGGUCAGUAAUUCUGCAGGUAACACAACAGCAUCUGCCACACUCAAUGUGUCUUCAACAGAGAACAGCAGUUUCAGCUACUUUACCACAGUGACAGUGGAGACAAUAGAAACACCACAUAAUGAAGGCUUCACCACCGCUGUUCAACAGAAGGCGGGACCCACACCCUCUGCUGGUACAUGGGAAACUCUUGCACCCACCUCUACUACAACCACUACAUUUAGAACCCCAAUUUCCACCCGAGCCACCGAGAAGACCUACACAAUCCCUGUCACUGAGGGCUCACUAAAUGGCUUGGAUGAGGUAAUGAAGACAACCAAGAUCAUCAUUGGCUGCUUUGUUGCAAUCACACUUAUGGCAGCUGUCAUGCUGAUAAUCUUCUACAAGAUGCGCAAGCAACACCACCAGCAGAACCACCAUGCACCCACACGCACUAUUGAGAUCAUCAAUGUGGACGAGGACUGUGUCGCUGGAGGCCCAGGAAUGGAGGGUCACCUGACUCUGCCACCUCUUGAGCAUGAGCACCUCAACCAUUAUAACACCUAUAAGAGUGCUUACAACCAUGCCUCUACUAUCAAUUCCAUACACAGCUCAGCGCACGAACCUUUGUUAAUUCGGGCAACCUCAAAAGACAAUGUACAAGAGACCCAAAUCUGA